AUGAGAAAUUCAACAUGUCUUCUUCAGCCAUCCUUGGCUACUACUGUAGCUCUACCAGUCAUCUACUCUCUCCUAUUUCCUGCUGGAAGUUCUGGAAAUAUUCUCGCUGCCUGGAUAUUUUCACGGCAAGCCCCCACAAAAAGAGCGCAAUACAUUUACCUGGCAAACCUUGUCACUGCAAAUUUACUUGUAUGUAGCACAAUGCCUUUUCUGGCUGCCUAUUUUGCAAGGGGGUACCAAUGGACUUAUGAUUCUGUAGCGUGUAGAAUAGCAAAUCACUUUGGGACUCUCAUUAUGCAUGUCAGUAUGUAUGUUACAAUUAUAAUUUUAUGUUCAAUUGCUCUAAGUCAGUACGCAACACUGAAGAAAAACAGUGAUGCACAAUAUUCUCAAGCAGUUAAUGAAAACUUUUACAGAUGUGUACUUAAAAAGUUUCGUCAGCCAAAAUUUGCUAAAUAUUUGUGCAUUGUUAUAUGGCUGACUGUGCUCUGCAUAACGGUAACAGCUAUAACAUAUAACAUCCAGGCAAGGGCUAUGGAAGAAUUUCACAUAUGCUACAACAUCAGAGUAGAAGCUGGUGAAUUUACUGCAAUGAUUGCAGCUUCUUUUGCCACUGCAUGUUUUUUUGUAUCUUUUAUGACAGUUUUGUUGUCAUACUAUUCUCUUACCAGACACCUGAAUAAAAUACAAAAAAAUACCUGUAUUGGAGAAAAACAUCUAAUUUACAGUACAGUGAAACGAAACAUUCUUGUCAUCCAGAUGAUAUUAACUGUCUGCUUUCUUCCAUAUCAUAUUUUUAGGCCAAUUUUUUACAUACUGCUUACAAGUAAUGACUGUCCAAGGUUAAACUAUCUAGUGGAAACAAAAAAUUUCCUUACUUGUCUUGCUGCUGCUAAGAGUAGUUUAGAUCCAGUUAUAACCCUUCUGCUAGAUAAAACAUUUAAGAAAAGUCUCUAUGGCUUGUUUACAAAAUCCACACCAGAACACCACAAACGUAAAGCUGAUACUUUUACUGAAGAGACUCCCGAAAUGUGA